UGAUCUGAACCGUCUGAUGUAAUGUCAUAAUAAAGAGAGCCACGUGGACUUGUUUGUAUGGUUGUUUCCAUGUACUGCGCCGCACAUUAGUAUUUCUGGUGUAUAUAAAAUGGUGCAAUAAUGGCCGGGAGAUCAACGGGAGAAUCCUGACCGGAAGCCAAUGCCAAUGAUUCGUGGCUUUCUUUGAUUCUCAUAAUUCGUCAAUGGAACCGGCGGAUUUAUGUUAGGGUUUGUGACUCUGAUUUGAAUCUUUUGGUUUCGUUAAUGAUUUAUUGAACAGUCACUUACACUUAGUAGAAUGCUUUUGUUUUCGUUUAAAUGGUGAAUUGUUUGGUUUCGAUACUGUUCUAACUGGAUAAUUCGUAGUUCAGUUACUAGCAGAAGUUAAUUAGGAAAUUUUUUGCAUUGGUGUUGCUGUUCUUUCUCCGAUUUGGAAUCCUGAGGGUAUCAUUCUCGUUUGAUCUUUGGAUCUGUGGUUCUUGCUUCUUACCUACUCUUUUCUAAUGUCGCCACCGACGAGAUUGCAUUCACAUAAAUCUCGCUUUUCGGAUUUUUCUCCGAGUUCAAAAUUUAAGCAUCACAACUGUUUUCUUUAUCAUCUCAUUGGAUGGCGAACUUUUUGGAAAUGGAUCUGAGACGUAUUGGUUCAAGAUCUGUGCAAUCUAUGCCCGCAUUCAUUUAGCAUUACCUCAAAUCGGUCCGGCGGUUUCACUCUCGCGAUGAAGAGUACGGUCCGUCCGGUGUUCAGUGUGUUGCUGUUCAUCUCAUUUGUUGUGCCUCUCAUCUGCCGCCUCAUCUUCCGCCGCGGCCUCAGCUCUUUCGAGCUGGAAACUUAUGUAAUCGGUUCGAGACCACCAGCAUUCGUGUUCAAUUCCACACUGCUGAAAUUUGCUUCGGUUGAUUUGGGAGAGAGACAGUCGAAGCGAGAUAUAGAUCAAUUAUUGGAGGCGAACUUUGGUGGCCCGAGGGCGUACAGGACUUAUGCUACAUGGCGAAGAUUCAAUCAUUAUGACAAGAAAGCGAGGCCCUCGAAUAGCUUUCCAGUAACGUUCCGCUCGCCGGCCUUUUACCGACAUUGGUUGGAUUUCAGGCGGUCAUUGAGUAGCUGGGUGAGAAAGAAACAGCUCACGACGGAGAUUAUGCCGGAACUGGUAAGACUCAUCAAAGCCCCAAUUGACAGGCAGAAUGGCUUUGUCGGUUCAGAUAAAAAGUAUUCCGCUUGUGCCGUCGUGGGGAACAGUGGAAUCUUAUUGAACAGUGCUUAUGGGAAGCUGAUUGACAGCCACGAGAUUGUUAUUCGAUUGAACAACGCAAGAACAGAUAAUCAUGAGAGCAAAGUUGGCUCUAAAACCAACAUUUCUUUCAUCAAUAGCAACAUCUUACACCUUUGUGCCGGAAGAGAAGGGUGUUUCUGCCACCCCUAUGGGCCAAACGUGCCGACAAUCAUGUACAUUUGUCAACCUGUACAUUUCAUGGACUACACUAUCUGCAACAAAUCCCACAAAUCUCCGCUGCUGAUUACUGAUCCGAAUUUUGAUGCUCUGUGCUCUAGGAUUGUGAAAUAUUACUCUGUCAAACGCUUUAUGGAGGUGACAGGGAAGUCGAUGGAAGAAUGGAGCUCAGCCCACGAAGGUCCUUUAUUCCACUAUUCUUCUGGUAUGCAAGCCGUCAUGUUGGCCAUAGGAAUUUGCGACAAAGUUAGUAUAUUUGGAUUUGGGAAAUCGCCUUCAGCAAAGCAUCAUUAUCACACAAACCAGAAGAAUGAAUUAGGGCUGCAUGAUUAUGAGGCAGAGUAUGAUUUUUAUUACGAUUUGAUUGCUAGGCCACAGAGAAUACCUUUCUUGUCGGACAAGUUCAAGAAACACCAUUUUUGCAUCAGGUGGACUUCUCAAAGGAUUUGGCCGACAGCUUAAUGGAAUUUACAGUGAAUCAUGAUGAUUAGACAAGCAUGAGAACCUGUUUUCUAGCCCGAGAUCGAGCAGCUGACUCCCGAUUCUUGAUCAUCCUAUGCUGCCUCCGCUGCACC